CUAUUAUACCCGUUAGAUAUUCUAUCUCGAGCGCUAGAGCUUCCAGUACUAUGUAAGACCAUACCGAACGGCAGUGCGGAUGCGAGCCGGCACGAAGGCGGCACAGGAACGGGGCCAUGCCGAGGCACAGCGCUUUGCGCGCGUCUGAGACGGCACUGUUGCGCUAUAUAUACGGCACCCUUUCGGUGCCAGGUGGCAAAAAGGGAGCCAGACAACUUGCCCUCCUCAAGAAUUAGUUUUGCAGUAAUGCAUAUAGUAUACGAACCCGGCCCAUCUCUUGAAAACCACUUCGGCGCUAGCAGUAUCCAGUCCGUAAUCUCCCUAGUGAACUGUAAUCUCGUUAAACUUAUCCAGUAUUUUACGACUAACAACCUCCUCGACCAUAUCAUAGCGACCUACGCGUUCAAAUACACCGACUCCCGCGAUCACAUCUAUUCCCUACUAGGCCUAACUCGUCGCGGUCCAUACCCUAUUACGAUCUACCGAGACUAUAACGAGAUUGCUAAGCAGGUACUCUUUGAUUUCGCGCGCUCAAUGUUAAUUCACGAUCAGAACCCAUACUUACUUAGUCUCGCGCCGAAUAAUAAGACCGACUCUAUCGGCAAUGAUACGCGGAGUUGUAAGCUGCCAAGUUAGGUUCCUGAUCUUGUACCUAGUGCACCUGCUACUUCGCUCGCGGGGUUCUCGACUAGAGAGCCUAUCUUCCAAGCCGAGAUGCUAGCCCAGGGUCCGCCGAC